UUCGCAAUAAUCCGAAACAAAUAAUGGUAAUGAAUUUUACACCGAGCAGAAAAGGCAUCUCCACCGAAUAUUCGCACUUCUCACUGUUCAAGUCGAAGAACAGUGGAACUAGCGUGCAGAUUUGAGCACGUAGCUAUAUGGCCACCCCAUCCGCCCACGUUUAAAUCACACAAUGAAGCCUACCCGUCUAUAUAUUCGACCAAAGUUACGGUUCACUGGUAGGUCCCAUCGUUUUACCCACCCACCUACGCUGCCGUGUCGAUAAAUCCAUUCCCCCUCCCUUUCUCCGACCGCUAGGAGCGAAAUAUGGCAUUCCAAAUCCGGACGAAGCGAGUCGCCGCCGCCGCGCUACACGGCGGCAAUUCUGCCGCUCGGCACGUGGCCGGAUACGACUCCAGCGGCAGCGACCACGGAGCCACCACGUGCCUCUCGGGGCUCGUCCAAGCCUUCCUUGAGAGUACCGCUGACUCCGACGAGGAAGCCGUCGCCAGCCGCGGAGGCCGACCGGAGCACGAAGGGAGCGGGGAGGACGAGGACGCCGAUUUCGGCAUCCUGGAGACUGUCCGCCAGCUGAUGUUCCCGCCGCCGGAGAAGGAUCUUUUCCGCGCUGGCCUUGCCGCUGACGUUUACAAGGCGGCGGAGAGCCUCUCUUGGCUGAAGAGUACCGCCCCUGCUUUACGGAGGGCGACGAUGAUGCGGCUUAGGUCUGCGGGAUACAAUGCCGGCAUCUGCAAGGCGAAGUGGGACGCCGCUGGAGGGAUCUUAGCCGGAUGCUACGAGUACAUCGACGUAGUGGCGCCGGCGGGAGACGAAACGAGGGAAAUGCGGAAGGGGAAGAGGUACAUCGUGGACUUGGACUUCGCGGCGGAGUUCGAGGUUGCGAGGGCGACGGAGGCGUACCGGAGCGUGGUGGCUGCGCUGCCGCCUGUGGCUGUGGCGGAGGAUGAGGCGGUGCGGAGGGUGGUUCGGGAGGUGUCGGACGCGGCGCGGAGGUCGCUGCGAGCGAGGGGCCUGCACGUGCCCCCGUGGCGGAAGAGCCGCUACAUGCUCGCCAAGUGGCUCGGGCCCUACCGACGGAUCACAAACCCAGUAACCUCCGCCUCCCUCGCCGACGCGGUUGCCCGCGGCGACGGCGAAGUCAAGUGCCGCUCCGUCGGGUUCCCGACGGCGCCUCCCCUCGCGGUUCUUGCCGCCCGCACUCGUUGAUGCCAGCGCGGGAUUUGAUACGCGGCGAUCGACCAAGUGGAUGAGUUGGCACGAUGCGACGUGGGCCAUGCUGGAGCCCACUUUCUUCAGUUUUCUACGUGGAUAAACGUGAUUUACAGGAUAAGGUCGUGUAAUCAACUUUUUUUAAAAAAUACGUGAAAAACAA